AUGUCAGACAGUUGGAAAGAUGGCAUCUUGCUCAAGAUUGCGAACAUCAUCGUGUACUUCCUUUUCCUCGGUUCCAACGUCUAUACCGUAGCGGCACCUCAUGAAAUCUAUUUCACUGGCAAGGAGACAUACAUCACCCCUGCUCCAUGGGCAUUUUUGAUUUGGUCUCUUAUCCACCUCCUCCUCCUCGGUACUAUCAUUUACCAGUUCACCGCCCCUGGUAAAAAGGUAAUUAUCGAUGGCAUUUCGUGGCGCCUCCCCCUCCUUGGCCUUCUGAAUGCGAUAUACGUGCAUUUAUGGGCAUCCCAUCACUAUAUCCUCGCAUUCGUUUUUGCUUUGUUCGUCAGCAGUGCUGUCACCCACAUCUACUACAUCGUGAAGAAGUUCCACACUGCUACUAACGCCGGUGAUGAAAUUUUGGUCCACUUGCCUUUCUCCCUCUACCAUGGGUGGACAACCGUUCUCGUUUUCUUGACUGCGUUUGAUGCAUUCGGUGUCAACGCGCUUACUCAACCAGCUGGCGUUUGGACUAAGGUUUUCGUAUUCCUUGCUUUGUUCUUCCUCGAGGCGACUGCGGCCGCAUACGCUUUCUCCAGCCCUGAGGGUGACCUUCCUGCCAGCUUCGCGAUCACAUGGUCGCUCUUUGCGAUCUUUGCUGAACAAAGUGUUCGUCGCUCGGGAUUCGUCCACUGGACUGCACUCGCGUUUGCAGUGCUCUCUGCAUUCUGGGUUUUCAUGGGCGUAUUUGGCUUUUACAAACGGUCGAGGGGUGGCUCAAUCAUAUUGGACGAAGAGCGUGCACCACUUGUUGGCAGUGAAAACUGA